AUGAAAGAUAUAUUGAGAGAAGCCCCAUUGGGUCAGGUCAUCCGAUUCGUCACUUGCAAUAGGGUUCUUCCAUAUCCCGAGGAGUUGCUUGGUUUCGAAUUACCAGCGACAUUAAAUGCUGUUCUCAACUUGCCAGAAAAUGGACAGGAAGCUGCUACUACUACGGCAACCACCAAUGAACGAAGACGGUCACUGAACGGAGCGAGACGCGAUAGUGCAAUUGGGCUUCCGGGAACCUUUGAACCCGGCGAGGAUUUAGACCAGCAAGAUCUGCGCGAUCAUAAUCCAGAAGACAUGUAUUAUCUCAGCCGGACGAAGAGUCGUCUAGAAACUGCCCCCUUCUCUGAAGAGCGCUUGGAAAUAGAAGCGGAUCUUGCCCUUCAACGGACGCAGACAAAACCAAUCAUCCCACGAAAGUCGUCAGAUGGCAGCAUCCUUAUGGAUUGGUAUACCACUGAUGAUGCAGCAAAUCAUCCAAACUGGUCCAACGGAAAGCGCUUUGUGGUGUCGUUCAUCAUUUGCUUAUACACCUUCGUCGUAUACACUGGCUCCGCGAUCUACACCUCGAGCGAGGAGGGCGUUAUGGGAAAGUUCAAUGUUGGGCCAACAGCCGCAUCACUCUCACUUGCCCUCUACGUUCUAGCUUACGGUAUUGAGCCUCUUCUCUGGGCUCCUCUCUCGGAGGUUCCAGUCAUCGGGCGAUCUCCAGUAUACGCUGUAACAAUGGCGUUAUUUACCAUCUUAUCCCUUCCUACUGCACUUGUUGAAAACUUCGCUGGCCUUCUGGUUCUACGGUUUCUCCAAGGAUUCUUCGGAAGACCUUGCCUGGCAAACGGGGCGGCCACGAUGCAAGAUACUUACUGCUUGGGUCUCGGCAGCUUACUGUGGACCAGCCAUUGGGCCCCUACUCCCUGGAUUUGCGGUCACCGCCAAGGGAUAACGCUGGUCAUUAUGGGAGAUCCUGUGGGCAGCUGGACCUAUCUUCAUCGUGAUGUUCAUGUUACUCCUGAAACUUCUACCCCCAAUAUCCUGCUCCGUCGCGCCCUUCGACUCCGACAAUUAACGGGCAACAAGCGACUCCUGGCACAGUCUGAAAUCGACCAAAAGAACCUCCGGCCUUCAGCUAUCCUGAUGAAUGCCAUCGCUAAGCCGAUGGAGAUUACCAUAAAGGAUCCAGCAAUCGCAUUCGUGGACCUGUAUACGGCUCUAGUUUACAGCAUUUACUAUAGGUUCUUCGAGGUGUUCCCGCUAGUUUAUCCUGUCUACUAUGGGUUCUCGCUCGGCAUGAUUGGUGUCGUCUUCACCUGCGUGCUCGUUGCCUGCCUAAUCGGCGUUACUAUCUAUUGUCUCUACCUUACUUACAUACUCAUCCCAGAUAUCAUGGCGCACGGUCUGCGCGCGCAAGACAUCCACUGGAUCGUGCCAACCAUCAGCAUCACUUUUUAUGCUGCCAGCGUCUUCGUUAUUAUGCAGUGUGUCUUCGUAUAUGUCCCUCUUUCGUACCCUCAAUACGCUGCGUCCUUGUUUGCUGCGAAUGGCUUUUUGCGGAGCGCCCUGGCUUGCGGGAGUAUCUUGUUCGCGAGACCACUCUUCAUCAACCUUGGUGUUGCGAAGGGUGUUAGUGUCUUGGGUGGCUUAAGUGUGAUUGGUGUCUUGGUUAUGUUUGGUCUCUGGAUUUACGGCGCGAAGUUGAGAGCGAGAUCGAAGUUCGCGAUUUCGUAA